AUGGUGGACACUAGGGGAGUCAGCCCAGUGAGGCAAGAUAGAAGAUCCACUAGGUUUUCAAGGGGACCGUACUCAGGAUCAAAUAGCACUCAGUCUCGAGAAAGUUCAUCUCAAGAGAAGAGUAGUAGGAGUGGUUCAAGAUCAAGUUCUUUCAGAGGGCCGCUUAAAUGCUUCAGGUGUGGAAGGCCACACAUGGUGAAGGACUGCCCACAGCCGAGGAUAGCUUGCAACAACUGUGGGAAGUCAGGACACAUUGCCAAUGAGUGCUGGGCCGCUAAGAGAAGUGGUAGUGCAAGUGCAGCUCAGAGGCCGAAAUCAAGAGGAAGUACGGGGCAGAAGUCGAGCAUUCUUGGCAGAAUCUUUGCUAUGAGCGGGGUAGAGGCUUCACAGUCAGAAGAGCUGAUCCGAGAUAAAUGCAUUAUUAAGGGUCAAUUACUUGAUGUGCUGUUUGAUUCGGGUGCUACGCACUCCUUUAUAUCUAUGGACUGUGUGAAGGGUCUAAAUUUGUAUGUGACAGAAUUGCCAUAUAAUGUUGUGGUGACUACUCCUACGAGUAAGCCAGUUGUGACGUCAUGGGUGUGUCUGGGGUACGUAAUGAUGGUACACGGUAGGGAGUUUGAGGUAGACUUAAUUUGUUUAUCUCUUUCUCAACUGGAUGUAAUUCUGGGAAUGAAUUGGCUUCCUACCAACCAUGUGCUGCUGGAUUGUAAGGAGAAAACUUUGAUCUUCGGUGCGACAAUGACAGAGGUUCCAAGGCUUAUGAGUCAAGGUGCGUGGGAGAACACGACGAAUGCCAAGGCCUUUAUGGUAAAGUUUUCGAUGGAGGUCGAAAGCAUGGUGGAGCUGAAGUAUAUUCCGGUGGUGAGGGAUUUCUUGGAGGUUUUCCCCGAGUACAUUUCUGAGCUACCGCCUGAGAAGGAGAUAGAGUUUGCUAUCGACCUCAUUACGGGAGCAAGCCCAACUUCUGUGGCACCUUACAGGAUGUCACAAUGGAGUUGCCAGAGGUCAAGAAGCAAGUAG